UCCACCGGCUUCCCGCUAUAAAAGAAGGCCCUCAACCCCGCAGGACCACUCCACCAGCAUCAUCACCCUCCCCUCGAGCCCGAGCUUCCUCGUCACCGCACUGCCUGUCCCCCGGCUUGAUCCAGCCAUCACGAGCACGUGAGAGGCUUGAUCUUGAGGCAGAGAUGGGCACGGAAGUGCUGCCGGAGACCGUGGCGAAGGCCGGCAAGCAGGGCGCCGCCCUAACGGACGCCUGGGACUACAAGGGCCGCCCCGCCGCCCGCGCCACCACCGGCGGGUGGGGAUGCGCCGCCAUGAUCCUAGGCGCGGAGCUGUUCGAGCGGAUGACGACGCUGGGAAUCGCGGUGAACCUGGUGCCGUACAUGACCGGCACCAUGCACCUCGGCAGCGCCGCCUCCGCCAACACCGUCACCAACUUCAUCGGCACCUCCUUCAUGCUCUGCCUCCUCGGCGGCUUCAUCGCCGACUCCUACCUCGGCCGCUACCUCACCAUCGCCGUCUUCUCCGCCGUCCAAGCCACCGGUGUGAUGAUACUGACGAUCUCGACGGUGGCGCCGGGGCUGCGGCCGGCGGCGUGCGGUGACGCAACGGGGCAGAGCCCCGACUGCGUGCCGGCGAACGGGACGCAGCUCGGCGUGCUGUACCUGGGGCUGUACAUGACGGCGCUGGGGACAGGCGGGCUCAAGUCGAGCGUGUCCGGCUUCGGGUCGGACCAGUUCGACGAGUCCGACGACGGCGAGCGCAAGAUGAUGAUGCGCUUCUUCAACUGGUUCUACUUCUUCGUCAGCAUCGGCGCACUGCUCGCCGUCACCGUGCUGGUGUACGUGCAGGACAACGUGGGCCGCCGCUGGGGCUACGGCGUCGUGGCCGUCGGCAUCCUCUGCGGGCUCGGCGUGUUCCUGUCCGGCACCAGGAAGUACCGGUUCAAGAAGCUCGUGGGCAGCCCGCUGACGCAGGUCGCCACCGUGACGGCCGCGGCAUGGAGGAAGCGCUCCCUGCCGCUGCCGUCCGACCCGAGCAUGCUCUACGACGUGGACAACAAGGCCGCCGCCGGCGAGGACCUCAAGGGCAAGCUGAAGCUCCCCCACAGCAAGGAGUGCCGAUUCCUCGACCACGCAGCCGUCGUCGACCGGGAGUCGCCCGCGGCGGCGAGCGGCUGGACGCUGUGCACGCGGACGGACGUGGAGGAGGUGAAGCAGGUGGUGCGGAUGCUGCCCAUCUGGGCCACCACCAUCAUGUUCUGGACCAUCCACGCGCAGAUGACCACCUUCGCCGUCGAGCAGGCGUCCGUCAUGAACCGUGCCAUCGGCGGCUCGGGGUUCCUCAUCCCGGCGGGCUCCCUCACCGUCUUCCUCAUCGGCUCCAUCCUCCUCACCGUGCCCCUCUACGACCGCCUCGUGGCCCCCGUGGCCCGCCGCGUCACCGGCAACCCGCACGGCCUCUCCCCGCUCCAGCGCGUCUUCGUCGGCCUCUUCCUGUCCAUCGCCGGGAUGGCCGCCGCCGCGCUCAUCGAGCGGUACCGCCUCACCGAGUCCGCCGACGGCGUCACGCUCACCGUGUUCCUGCUCAUGCCCCAGUUCCUGCUCGUCGGGGCCGGCGAGGCGUUCACGUACAUGGGGCAGCUCGAUUUCUUCCUGCGCGAGUGCCCCAAGGGGAUGAAGACCAUGAGCACGGGGCUGUUCCUCAGCACCUGCGCGCUUGGAUUUUUCUUCAGCACGCUCAUAGUCACCAUCGUGCACAAGGUCACUGGACACGGGAGCAACGACGGCUGGCUCGCCAACAACAUCGACCAAGGGAGGCUCGACUACUUCUACUGGUUGCUCGCCGUCAUGAGCGGAAUCAAUAUCGUCUUCUUCACGAUCGCCGCAAGGGGCUACGUGUACAAGGAGAAACGCAUGGCCGAUGCUGGCAUCGAGCUCGCUGACGAGGAGGCCAUGAUCGUCGGUCACUGAGGCUGGCCAUGCUGCAUGCCUGCGUCCGUGUAUACACGUGUAGCUCUUUUUUGUUUUUGUUUUUCUUGUCACGUACGUAUUGCUAACCCACCAAUUAUAAAUAUGCAAAAAGGAACUUAAUCUUGAAAAAAGUAAAGGGCAGCGCUGUCUGUCGGGUGAUAAUUUAAAAAGA